AGCUCAUUCCAAUCUCAAUGCAUACUCCUACAAGAGCAGUAAAUAAAUUAUUUUCUUCCAGUGUGCUGUGCAGACUGCUGGUCUGAACAUUGAGCUUUAACGACUUCAGAUCUUAGCUAUAUCCCACAUUUCUCGGCCUAAUCCCAGAUUUGGGAACAGGCAGGCCAGGCACCAUGGCAUCAAAGGUGGUACCGUUUUACCAAUCGAAGCACAAACACUAUGACUAUAACUACCGCAGUCUUGAUACCCGCUCCAUGGUCAAGCAAUACAGCAGCAGCUCCAGACGCAGGGCGGCAUCAACAAUCGAAGCUUCUUCGGCCAGAGUUUUAUCUCAGUCUGGCAGGUUCAGCCCUCGUGUUAAAAGAGUUUGCAGAUGCCUUGAGGACGAAUAUACCGUGCCUCGAUUUAGGAACAGGGAACUUUCAAAAGUCGAAGGAGCUUCAGAACAACUCUGUCCUCAUGCAAAAAGAAUCUGCAGUUGCUUUGGGCAAGAAGUUCAUGAACAUGUUGCACCCUCCUUAAGGAUCAGGAGCCAUGAGGAGUUGCACCAGGCCUCCGCUUCUAAAGGAAUGAUGUACCACACAGAGCUACGCCAGAUGCAGCAAGAACUCAGCAAGAGCAGACAUGUCACCCGAGAACAGUUGGACAUGUUGGCUUUCCACAGGAUGGAAGAGGAAAGGGCAACUGUGCAGAGACUGCUCUGCGAAGACGCCAUAAGCCGGGCUCCUGAAUUUCUUGUCAGGUUGAGGUCCCACACCGUGUGGGAGAAAUCAUACGUGAAAUUGUUCUGCACCGUGCAAGGGUUUCCUAUGCCACAGGUUAGAUGGUAUAAGGAUGACGUUAUCAUUGGGACAGCGAGCGAGCCAGGCAAAUACAGGAUUGACAGCUACUACGGAGUCCACUCUUUGGAAAUUAGUAGAUGUGAGUUUAGUGACACUGCUCAGUACACUGCAGUGGCAUUCAACAUCCACGGACAGACAUCGACAAAUGCCACUCUCAUUGUGAAACGUUUCAGAGGGGAAGAAGAGCCUUACCAUUCUGUUCUACUCCCUGUGAAACUUCCCCUUUCCUCUGCUGUCCCCCCAGUUUUCACACAUAUCGAUGUCCAAUUUAUUGAGGCUUUCGGUGUGAGUUUUGGAACUGAAGGAGAGACAAUGACAUUGACCUGCAGCAUGAUCUUUGAUCCAAAUCUCAAGCAUUUGCAACCAGAUGUUCUGUGGUACAGAAAUGAUGUUCAGAUAAAGGAGAGCAAGUGGGCAGAAAUACACUUUGCAGAUAAUUGUGCUUCCAUAACCCUGCCUCAUCUGAACAAGGAUGAUGAAGGCCUGUACACACUACGUUUGAUAACCAGGGGUGGAGUCACAGAGCACAGCGCCUUCGUGUUUGUGAAAGAUGCUUCGGCUGCAGUGGUAGGAGCCCCAGGAGCCCCGAUGGAUAUUAAAUACCGCGAUGCCAACAAAGAUUAUGUCAUUCUCGCCUGGAAGCCCCCAAACAUAACAAAAGAAAGCCCGGUGAUUGGAUACUUUGUUGACAGAUGUGAAGUGGGAACGGACAGUUGGGUCCAGUGCAAUGAUGCCCCGAUUAAAAUUUGCAAAUACCCCGUGAGCGGCAUUUACGAAGGACGUUCUUAUCGCUUUCGUGUCAGGGCGGUGAACAAGUCUGGUGUUAGCAAUCCUUCCCGAGCCACCGAUGCUGUCACAGCCUUGGACCCUGCUGAUUUAGCUCGUCUGCACACAAUUCGGUUGGAUAAUGACAAACAGAUCGUUAUAUCCAAAGAUGAUUUGGAAGGGGAUGUAAAAAUACCAGGACAUCCCACCAAUGUCCACGCUGCAGAGACCAACAUCAAUUACAUUGUCCUCAGCUGGGAUCCUCCAGCACCUCGUGGCAGGGAAUCACUGAAAUAUUAUAUUGAAAAGACCAUGUCUGGCAGCACAUCGUGGCAGAGGAUUAACACAGAGAUUGCUGCGAGGUCUCCUCGUUUCGCUGUGUUUGACUUAGCAGAAGGGAAAUCUUAUGAAUUCCGUGUCUUUGCUGUUAACAAGUUUGGCAUGAGCGAACCCUCUCCCUCCACUGGACCUGUCUUGGUUCAGGAUCACAUUGCUAUUCCAUCUCCACCUAGUGCCGUGCGAGCCACAAGGAAUACAAAGCACUCAGUGUUGGUGAAGUGGGUGGCUUCUAAAGAAGCCAGUGAACUGAUGGGCUACUAUCUUGACUCUUGUCUGGUGGGAACCAACAACUGGGAACCUUGCAAUCAUAAGCCCAUAAAAUACACAAGCUUUGUUGUCCAUGGUUUGACGACUGGGAAGAAAUACAUCUUCAGAGUGAAGGCAGUCAAUGCUGUGGGAAUGAGUGAGUUGUCCCAAGAAUCUGAGCCCAUCACCGUGCAGGCGGCUCUCACUAGCCCAUCGUCACCAUAUGGUAUCACCCUCCUCGACUGCACCAAUGACUGCAUGACCUUGGGCUGGAAGGCACCAAGGUACACUGGUGGAUCAGGUGUCACUGGCUACUACAUGGAUCAUCGUGAAGUCUCUCAUAUCAAUUGGCAUGAAUCUAACAUCAAAGCAAUCACGAGCAGAGUGUACAAAGCUGAAAAUCUGACAGAAGGUUCCUUCUACGAGUUUAAACUCAGUGCUAUGAAUAUAGCUGGCCUUAGCCUCCCUUCGGAGCCCAGCCAUCCCAUGAAAUGUGAAGCGUGGACUAUGCCUGAACCAGGUCCUACCUACGACUUGACGUUCUGUGAAAUAAGAAGAAAUUCUCUGGUGAUCCUGUGGAAAGCCCCGAUCUACACCGGCAACAGUGAUAUCAGUGGUUACUUUGUGGACAUCUGUGAAGCUGGUUCCAAGGAAUGGAGAACGGUGAAUCAGAAAUCAACAUCGAAUCGAUACUUGAAGGUUACUGAGUUAGAAGAAGGAAAGACCUACAUCUUUAAAGUUCGUGCAGUGAAUGCAGCUGGUCCAGGCAAGGCUUCCGAACCCUCUGAGCCCAUUGUUGUGCAAUUCAUACCAGGAACAAAGGAAAUUGCUGCCGGAGUUGAUGAAGAAGGCAACAUCUACUUGAAGUUUGAGUGCCAGGACAUGUCAGCUGCGUCCCAGUUUGCCUGGAGCAAAUCCUACGAGAAAAUCACUGAAUUCUCCAAACUGGGCAUUGAAACGAAAGACAACAAUUCCAGGCUGGUGUUUACACACCCUGACAUGGAGGAUCUGGGAACUUACUCGGUGAUGGUAACAGACACUGACGGUAUCUCUUCCAGCUACGUUUUGGCAGCAGAAGAAAUGGAACGUUUGCUGGCAUUGCGUCAUGAGAUAAGACACCCAACAAUUCCAUUAAAAUGUGAAUUAUCUUAUGAAGUUUUUGAACGAGGUCAAGUUCGCUUUUGGCUGCAGGUUGAGGGGGUGUCAUCUGAAGCCACCUGCAGUUUUAUUGUUAAUGACAUGCAGAUGACAGACACUACGGAGCAUAAGAUUGGAUUUGAUAAAUCCACUGGUGUGAUUGAGAUGGUUAUGGAGGAAUUCACAAGUAAGAGUGAAGGGACUUACACUGUUCAAAUCCAGGAUGGGAAAGCCAAGAACCAAUCCUCGCUGGUCCUCAUUGGGGAGACUUUCAAGGCUGCACUGGCAGAAGCUGACUUCCAGAAGAAGGAAUACCUGAGAAAGCAAGGACCUCAUUUUGCAGAGUUCAUGCACUGGGAUGUAACUCAGGAAUGCUUUGUGGAGCUGAUAUGCAAGGUGGCUAAUACACAGAAGGAAACGGUCUACCAUUGGUAUAGAGAUGAUAAUCAGAUUGAUCCUGAGCAACCACCUGACCAAGAAACGGGAAUUUGCAAGAUGUUAAUUUCUGAGUUCUCCAAAAAUACAAUGGCUGAAUACAAAAUGACACUGAAAGAUGCCAGAGGACACGAUGUGACGACCCUAAAUGUAUCUGGGAAAGUUUAUGAGGAUAUUGUCCAAAAACUUAGCAAGAUCAGUGGGGAAUCUGCUUCUCAGCUGAAGAUACAGUGCACUCCAGAAGGCAUCAGACUUCAGGCAUCUGUGAAGUAUUAUAUGGAAGACAUGAAAGUUUUCUGGUACCACAAAGAAUCGAAGAUUGCAUCGUCUGAAAAGUGCAGAAUCGGAGGAAGCUCUGAGCAAGUUUGGUUGCACAUCUGUGACCCGGCAGACCGAGACAAGGGCAAAUACGUCUUGGAGAUAUUUGAUGGCAAGCAGUCUUAUAAAAGGAGUCUCGACCUGUCCGGAGAUGUUUACGCUGAAGCUUUCGCUGAAUUCCAGAGGCUGAAAGCAGCGGCUUUUGCAGAGAAGAAUCGUGGCAAAGUACUAGGAGGGUUGCCAGAUGUGGUAACUAUAAUGGAGGACAAGACCUUGAGUCUCACUUCUACCGUGUUUGGGGAUCCUAUUCCUGAAGUAACCUGGCUGAAGAACGACAAAGAGAUUGAGUUGAAUGAUCAUUACAUAGCAACGCUCGAGCAGGGAAAAUUCGCUUCCCUUACCAUUAAAGGUGUCACGACGGAAGAUUCUGGAAAGUACGGCAUUAAUGUUAGGAACAAGUUUGGUGGUGAGACGAUUGAUAUCACUGUAAGUGUCUACAAACAUGGAGACCCAAUACCAGAAGUCAAAAGAGGGGAUCUAAGAUCCCCAGAGUCUCCCAAGGCUGCCCCGCAUCCAGAAACCCCCAAGGCUAAACCCAAAGAGCCUCAUAGUAGCAAGCCAAGCAAGCCACAAAUUGGAAGGAAAAAGUAAUGCGAAGAUGAUAUAAUGGCCGGGGUAAAUCGAUAACUGAUUGUAAACAUAGCCUGAACUGCAGUGAGAAGCUACUACUGGGUGAAGCUUUAUGUAGUAAAAUAGAACCCUGAACUGGGUACAAUUGAGGCCUAAUAUGCAGGUUGUGCCAAUAGCCCAUGUACCAACUAUAUUCAAAUAUAAACAGGUGCCCUGCAAAUUGUAAUUAAUAAUCCAUGGAAAGGGUUACCAGAGAUUCCGUAUACCUUUUUGAAUGACAGGUUACGCACUUGAGGGCACUUGCACAUGUUUUGAACAUGGUGUAGCCACUGGGGUAUUUGCCCAACCUGUAGACUAUUCCUCAGCGCAUUUUACAUUAUUCAUUAAUUUUGCGUCUUGGUGGGGGACAUGAGGUCAAGACGCUGCUUAUUAAGGGGUGGAGCUGGGAACUGUACACGUCAAGGUAGCAAAUUAACUUCAGUCACAGCUAUAGCACUGCUACCGUUGCUGCUCGCAAUCGCAGAUUAUAAUAAAAUUGUCUCGGAUGCCACAUAUAAAGACCUAUUUGAUCUGAAGCUCUAUAAGCAGCUGGGACCUCAUGCCCUUCAGAGCUCACCAUUAUCUUUUUUGUUGUGCGGAAAUUGGCUGCCACGUUUGUCCACAAAACACAGUUACCUCACUUUACAGAAUAUCCUGUUAAGCGCUUUGAGGCAUUAUUAUUAUUCCUACCAGCAAGAAGACUGAAAAAAUAGAGGGCUUUACUGUAAUAAGUUAACAUCAACCCUUGUCCAGAUUUCACUACCACUGUUAACAAUUCUGUUACAUAACUAAUGACUAUGGUUUCUGAAGGUUUUGUGCUUUGUUUGUCAUGCUUCGCACCAAUAAAAUUGGUAUCGAUUGCCUCUUGUGGUAAUCUCCGAUACACACUUAUA